UUGGAUUUUUUGACGGAGAUUGUGUAAAAUUUGUGUAGAAUCAAAUCUGUACAAUAACUUUUGCGAGUCAAAAAUCUUCAACAUGGCUUCAAUCCUGCAAAGGGCAGCAAUUUCUUACCUCAAAACGAAUGCUCGUUCUUCAACCCAUGCUGCGACCGCUGGCGGACAUGGAGGUGGUUGGAAGUUGUGGAAGAACCUGUCAUUCUUUGUAGCGCUGCCUGCUGUUGGUCUUGGCAUGCUCAAUGCAUAUUUGGCCCACCAGGAAAGUCACCAUGAGCGCCCACCGUUUGUACCCUAUGAGCAUAUGCGUAUCCGCACUAAGCGUUUCCCAUGGGGUGAUGGCCAGAAGUCUCUGUUCCACAACCCCCAUGUCAAUGCUCUGCCCAAUGGAUAUGAAGAUUAGAAUGUGCAUUAAUGAAUGAAUGGGCAUGGCAACAUUUCCACUAUGCUUAAAUUAGUGAGUGCUCAUGCACACCAUUAGACUAAAUUUCUAUGUGAUAAGUAAAUAAAACUUGUAAUUAAAAUGUCUACAA